GGCUAGCUGGAAAAAAGUAUCUGCUUUAUAUUGCGCAUUUAAACGAUUCCUUGACAGAGUUUCGGUUUUUGUUGAUAUCCAUGUUUAAAGGAGAAUCAAAUAUGUCUUCGCUGGAGGUUUUAGCCAGAUGUGUGUAGAAAUGACGACGGUAGACGGGUUCAAAUGAAGAGUGAUUUAUCAGGCUUCCUUUGGGAGUUCGAGCCCUGUUGGCUCUUUGUCCUCCGAGGAUCAUGACUUUGAUCCAACAGCAGAGAUGUUGAUUCAUGAAUAUGAUGAUGAAAGAACCUUAGAGGAGGAGGAACUUCUGAAUGGACAAAAGAAUUUCAGGGCAGAACUGGCAGACUUGGAGAGGGAAGGAAACAUGCCGAUUGAAGAUUUGUUGGCCAUGUACCGUUAUGAGGCAUCAGACAGUACAGGUGCAGGAUCUAGCAUUGACAGCUCUUCUGUUGAACUAUCAGAUGAUCUGCCUGACAUGACGCUAGACAAGGAGGAGAUUGCGAAGGAUCUCUUAUCAGGAGAUUAUGAGGAGGAGACUCAGUCCUCUGCUGAUGAUCUGACCCCUUCUGUUACCUCCCAUGAAGCCACAGACUUCUUCCCAAGAACACUGAGAUCCAACAUGAACGAUGAUGGUGAUAAAGAUUCUGAAGGGGAGGAGGAUGGGGUGAGCAGUGAAGAUUCAAGAAAGGAAAUAAUGGUUGGGUCCCAGUAUCAAGCAGAGGUUCCUGUGGGCCUCAGCCACUAUAAGGAGGAUGAGAAGGUGUACGAGGAGGAGGACAAGCUGCUAUGGGUUCCUGAUGUGCUGUCAGAAUGUAAAGUGAGAAACUACCUCAGAGAGGCUCUGUCACAGACUACAGACGGAAACACAGACGACUGGACAUCGGCACACAUACGAGAUAAUGAACAGGCCUUGUUUGAGCUUCAUAAGUGUGAUUAUGACACUUGCGAGGCUCUGACACGAUACUGCAGAAAUGCGAGGACGUCAAAAGAAGAAUCACCACCAUGGUCAGAGGAUGAAUGCAGAAACUUUGAACAUGCACUGCUGAUUUACGAGAAAAAUUUCCAUCUUAUUCAGAAACACAAGGUUCAAACGCGGACUGUGGCAGAAUGUGUGGCCUUUUAUUACAUGUGGAAAAAGUCUGAACGUUUCGACUACUUCGCCCAACAGAAUAGAUUUGGCAAGAAGAAGUACAGUAGUUACCCGGGUGUGACAGACCUGAUGGAUCGGCUGGUGGAUGAGGCGGAAGGUCUGGCGAUGGACAGCACAUCCUCUGUUUGUUCAGGUGGAGCUGGAGGACGAAUCGAGACAUCGGCAGAACAACAACUAGGGCUGCUCAACUCCAUCACUGCCAGUGACCUCACAGCCCUUAGUAACAGCGUAGCAACCGUGUGCAGUGGUCCCGGAGACGUGAGUUGUCUGGACUCCCCUUACUUUUCCCCUCUGGAGAGUAUACACAGAGGAGCCCUGAACCACGACGAGCAGAUGAACUAUGCCGCAAACGGAGGAAGCAGCUGCGCCAAUAUACUGGAUUCCGCUUUCUACCGCUCCGACCUGAGUCAGAUUGGCAUGUGCGGCACCAAAGACACCGAACGACCCUCCAAGAGGUUAAAGAUGGGCCUCACAGAGUCUUUCAUAAACGACGUGUCCGUUUCAAACCUGGCCGUGGACUUUGAGGGCAGACGAACACAUCGCAUCACGGGAGCCACUAUGGCCGUGUCGGUCACAGACUUCAGCAGUAUAGGGGGUGGCGACCCCAACGGUUUCAUCAGCUCCCACUCCCGACAUCACCAGCACACCGCACUUCAGUCCGACUGACUUCCUCUUGCCCUCCGGAUCCACAUUCACCCACUCGCUGACUAUUAGUUGUUUUUCAAUUAUAUAUAUAUAAAAAUAUACCGUUCGGUCUUUUUUGUAAUAUGACAUCAGUGAUGUCUGUAUUGUACAGAGCUAAGAAAUCUUGAUUUCUCAAGAGAUUAAAUAGCCAUUUAUUUUUCUGGUCUUUCAGAUAUUUAAAAAGAUUUCCGUCUAUGAUGAUAUACAGCUAAACCUAAAUGCUGGAGCAGAGAGUUGUUGACUCGUACUGUAGUAAUCUCAAUGCCUGCAUCUUUCAAGAUUUACUGUCCUGCAAAAAAGUCGCUUCCGCCGAAAACUGCGCUGUUUCUUGUCGUUUCCGUGUUUGUGUGUUUGUUUAGAAAUUGGGUACUAUUUCUGUGUUUACAAAACCCAAGAUCAUGUAGUCGUUGGGAAAUGUAGCAUUUUGUAUAUCACAAACCUGGCUUUUAUAAUUGAGAAUAAUGAACUUUUUGGAUCAAAGAGUACAUGAAAAAACAGAAAGCACUUCUGGUCACUGAGGCGAUUUUCGCGUUGCCUGCAUUCCCACAUUUUCCUACAAACCAUUGAGGUUUCUAUAUUUUGUUUGAAAACCUGGUUGGUUUUAUGAGUUCAAGUUAGGAUUUUUAAGCUGUAAUAACAUCCAAAAACAACUGUGUUUGUUUAAACCUGUUGAUGAUCAUAAGAUAGGGCAGGAAAGGCAUAUUUUUCAUUGUGUCUCAAUUUUCCAGAACUUUAAAGUAGGAUUUAAGAUGCCAAUGAACAAUGAUCGAAACUGAAGCUUGUUGGCUUAGUACUAAAAGCUGCAAGGGAGUAUUAUGAUUCAGGUGGUGCUAUUAAGUCACCCGUGCUUAACAGUAUUAGUAUAAUUUCAACUGUAUAUAAAUUAAAAUGUGAGACGUUCCCCGGGAGGCAGUUUUGCUGGUGUUCUUAACUGCAUAUGCUUCGGUACAGAUUAAACCAGUAUUUUUCAGCUAUGCAUUAUGUAUAUUUGGUAGCUGCCAGAAAUACUAAGUCCUUCAGAAUUUAGCUUAUUGUAAAUCUUGUUUACUUGCUUUGUUUUUCCUCACAAUUUUGCCAAGUUCAUCAAGAUUCUUGUAUGCAUGGAGCAGAUUUUUUUUUUUUGAUGUUACUAGCUGUUAAACAUUACAUGCCAAAAAUCAGUCAGCUGGACACACCGUAUCAAAAUCCUUUCUGCUCUUUGCAUGCAAAAAAACAAACAAAUUAAAUUACCAUAUAGUUAAUUUAAAUGCUUUGACUUUGGUUGGGUUGAAUGCAAAAAUGAUAUAAAAAAUGUUUAUGGCAAUAAUAUGUAGAUAUGUAUAGAUUGUUCAUUGAAUUUUCAUUGAUUGUUUGUAUUGCCUUAUGUUUUGUUUACGGAAUUAAGAGACGUCAAAAUUGUGCAUGCUAGCAUCGGUUGUUUGCAAAAGUGCCACUGAUUAGAGAAAUUAUUUUGCGUGGCACCUUUUGGACACUCCCAUGUAAGCCUCUCUUAUUUUUACUUUCUCGAAGAAAAUGUUUCUGUCAAUAAGUAGAAAGGUUUACCAUCAUUACCUUGACUUGUAAUGGCUGCUAUCAGUAAUGUGAAGAGUUUGUUUAAUGCACUGCUGUUGCAAUUAUAAGUUGAAUUGAAAGUCUUGUGCAUCUACAUUGUUAAUACGUGGUAAAGUACUCAUUAAUGGCAUGUUUGCGAUGACACUGAUUGAAAUGGAUUCACGGAUACCAAUAUUCAUUGACGGGGUUCGAAAGCACUACAGAGAUUUUGUUAGAAUUUUCUUUAUGGUCAAAAUGCAGAUUAGGAGAGAACACAAUGUAGUACUUUGUGCUCAUAUAAAGUUUUACUUUUUUUUUUAUUUUUGUACUUUAAAAGUCUUUGCGCCUAUUAUUCUGUAUAGGUAUUAUUUCUUUUAUAAAUGAUACCCUGAACUGCACAUUUAUGUUUAUUCAGCUAGGUUUGCUAAAGUACAGACUGAAAUGUAAGGCAAACUAAAAGCUUACAGGUUGGUUUGACCUAUAGAAAUAACACAUCUUAAAAACAAGUGAUAUUAAGAAAAUUUUGAUGAUGCGUUUUAUUGUAUUUAAUUUAGAAAUUUAAAAUACUUAUAAGGUAGAGAUUUCACAUUCAAACAUGGGGGUAAGUGGUAGAAUUUGUUAUUUAGACCAACAAAUCCUAUAAAUGUGUUUCCAUAUAUUGGCCUACAGACAAUCAUAACAUUAAAUAACUGAGUUAUUCAAACAGAUAUCUCUAUUGUUUAUAAAAUAUGUACAUAAUUGCUUUGUUUUGCAUUAUUUUGUAUUUUUGUUGUACUUUAUUACUUGGUGUAAAAAGUUCCAGAAAUAAAAGCUCUGGAUGUGUAAUUUGUGGUAAUUUUACUCCGAACACACAUAUUUUACCAUGCUUAAAUCAAACAGAUACACAAUUAUAUUUGUACCUUCAUGAUGUAGGGGCAGGACAUAUGGUUUUAUGGAACAUGUGAUUGUUUCUUAGGGUUUGUAUCUUAGAAAAAGACAAUACACAGUUUCAAAAAAAAAAAAAAAAUUUUAAUUGUUCAGAUCUACAAUAUUUGUAGUGGUAUAUUUUCAUCCGCGUGGA